CCCUAGAGACUGUCCAAAAUUGUCAGUGCCGACUCUAUUGCAUGUCAUCACGGCGGGGUAUUGGGGAAAGUUUUCAAUGAGCAAUAAUCUCAUCUCAGAUAGAACUCAUUGGCUAGGAUACUGCCACUGCGCAAAGCUGGCAGAUUCUUUUUCAAGCAAGUGUGUUGUUAGAAUUUAGAUACUGUCCAGUUUCAUGUCUAGGUGCCUCUGACCAUUCAAUGACCUUGCUGCCUGGUGAGAGAAGUCAGUAUUGCAGCACCACUCCCAGAAAAUAGUUUGACUAAUUUUUGGAGAUUUUCUGGGAAAUAAAUUGGUUUAACUUUGCAUAGACUCGCAGGGAGAAUAUGGCAUGAUGGUGUACCCGUACAGGGAGACUUCGGCCUGUGCACCUGGAAAGCAGGCUCAUCUACUCACCAGGCUUCAUCCAGGGCCCCGUAGAAUCUUCCUGUCAGAAUUUGUAUUCUUGCCCUGAGAACAAUUCUGUGCUUGUGCUAUGACUAAACACCGAUUUGGUCCUAUGCGAAGCGUGAUUUUCUUAAUGUGACCUGCUUUUCUGAAUUUGUUUACAGAAGAUCGAAAAGAUCGUGAGGAGGGCGAGAAAUACGGAGACGGCCAAAAUACGCUUCUUAUGAGUCAAGCGGCCCACGACCUGGGCUGCCGGCUGACGACGGAAGAAAAUGACGAAGACGAGGAUGAAGAUGUUCACGUCGCAGAGGCUGAGAAAAUAGAGGAGCCACGUGCCCCCAGGCUCAUCGGGGAGGUGGCGAGGGCUGAUGUCAAGAGAGUCCCUGAAGACUCACCGGAGGAAUGUCUCAUCACUCGUUCAAAUAGCUAUGGCCCUACUGACUCCAGCCAGCCUCACGGAGACACCAGUGAAAUCCCAUUCAAGGCAGACAACGUCGACUCUGCACUGGCUGUCGAGAGUCCAUCAUCCCAUGAUGUAGUGGAGGAUGCUCUAAUCAUUCAUUCAGGUGACCCCUACAUUCCUUGUUUUUGGUACCUCUGUCUAGGCUGAGGAAGAUCAACUCUGAAGACAGGCUCUAUGCACACAAAUCGGUUUGAAGAAAAAUGUGUGAUGGGACACUAAACACAGAUAUCAGGGAAUUUUUAUCUCUCCCUCAGCUCAUGCCAUGCGUUUGUCUCCCAGGCCCAAGUAUCAAGUUACCAGAGCCCAGGCCGGUGUGACAAACUCAUGGUCACCUGAGUGCAGGAGGUGUACAGUAGGUGUCUGUCAGGUCUCCUAGCUUUGAGUCGGUAUCUCUCAUCACCUGUCAUCAUGUCAUCUGUCCCUGAACGACGUUCAUGGAGCUUCCGUUGCUUUUUAAG